AUGAUGUCGUCUUUGAAUAAUAGUAACGAAAAUCUCGAAACUAAACGUCGACAAAACCUUGAAGACAAUCGUCGUUUUCUUGCUGCAUUGAAAAUCAACGAUAUUCGCGAUGAAAUCAAACAAAUAAGUGAUCAUACGCAAUGUGCAACCGGACGUCGAGCAUUAAAAAAAUCAAUGUCGUCAGAUAUGAUUCGUCGUAGUUCGAGAAUACGGCAAAACACUGUUCACAACGAAAAUGUUCCAUUGUUGGAACGCAGAUUAAAGAAGAAGAAAACUGAUGAGAAUCAAACAAAUUCGAUGCCAAAAGUUAAAUUACAACUACCUGAACAUAUGUUGGUGCGAUAUCAUUCAACGAGCAAAAAAGUUGCUCUAUACAACACCAAAGCAAAACUCGGUGGCGAGAAUGAGAAUAAACACGAGAUAAUGUCGUCAGAGAAAGAAGAAAACGCACCUGCUAAUGAUGAUAAAUCUGAAGAGCAAAGCGAUUCAUCAAAUAAAACUGAAAAGGACAAUGAAGGAUCUGAUGAUCAGAAAGAUUCUGGAGAAAGCAAUGAAGAAUCUGAGACUCAACAAGAUUCUGGAAAAGCCAAUGAGGAAUCUGAAGAGGGCAAUAAGGACGGAGACAAUGAUGAAUCCGGGAAAAGUGCAUCGUCCGGUGGACAUGUAUCAACAGGACCAGAAAGAUUUGUUGAAGUUGGUGGUUCAGGCGGAUCGACAGUACAGAAAGGUCAUGGCGUCGAGGCAAUGGUUCAUCAUUAA